UGGUUGGGGUUCAGGCCUUCCCGAAGGAUCGGGAAGGGGCGUGGACGGAGAGCGGGGCUGGUUUGGGCUGUUCUGCUGCUGGGUCAACUCUGGGAUGAAGCUCUCCGGUCUCCGCCAGUGGACCAAGCAGCGUGUUGGGCUGUCCUGGUCCAUUGAUGUAGUACCCCCGUGUGUUAGCUAAGUUAGGGACGGUGGCUACCCCCUUAAGUCGUGAUGUUAAGUGUUACCUGUUGUGUUAGCUAAUAAAUAGUUCUGCCUCCAAAGUCCAGUGUGCGCCUGAAUGUAACCCACUACACAUGGUUUAAAUGUAUGCCUAUACAUCAAUGGGGAUUACCUGUACACAGAAAAUAACAGGUACCACUAUUUUAUUGCACGUAAACGACAGGAGGUGCGUUGAUAACCAUAUGAAUAGCCCAACCCUCAAUGGAUACCCAUUCACAUUUAUAUGCAUUAAUUAAUCCGCCCCUUCGCACAAGAAGGGCUCACAAGUGACAUAUAGGAGGAUUUCUCCACAAAUCUGGCUGUCGCCUGAUGAAGCUAGUUGUAAUUACUGGCGAAACGUCGUACUCGGAUUGUAAAUGUGGCUUUGCUUUCCAACACAACUGGUGUGCUGUACUAGUGACGCAUUGGCAUGUUCUGUUUGUAACAAACCUUACCCAUUGGCUGUGUGGGGUGGUGGCAGGUUUAACGAUACAUUUAUAUUCACGCGAUCUAACCCAACAAACCUAUAUUAUUUCUGAUACUUAUAUAGGGUCGGACCUACCAAACUCACCGCUGAAGAUCUAUCUAAAUGUUUAAACACCUGAUUCUAAUUACCCCCUUAAUUGAGCUAAUGCAACCAGGGGUUCACUUACUUUUUCACAUACCCUGAACCUUCAUUAUUCAUUGUUUAAUUAAUACGUUAUUCUGUUUCAAAAUACAUGGAAUUGGUUAAUAUAAACCCUGUUGGAUAUUUAAUAAAAGGCCGGUUUUCAUUCAAGAACACUUUUAUGGUAAAACUAUGGAAGUUCCAUAAUUAUGAUUGGGGUUCACAAACUUUUUCUCGGCACUGUAAUUUGUAUCACUGACUGCUUGGUUGCGUUUUACAGUUGCGUUUUAAUUGUAUGAUUUGUACGUAUUUAUAAUAGGCGUUUUUAGUUUAUUUGUGUUUGCUUUUUUUGUUGUCCUCUGGUUUUUCCCCAUGGAUAGGGAGACAGCUUUGCGGAUUGUACGGUCAGAAUAUCCGUUCAUCCUGAGGGCUUGGUGUACGUGCUCCAGCUCACUGGCUAGGUGAUGCUGGUCGGAGAUGCAACGGGCCCUAUGGUGUAGUGCUUUGAUGAGGGAAUUCUUCUGGGCUGGAUGGUGGUGGGAGUCAGGCUUUAGAUAGGCAUCCGUGUGGGUGGCUUUCCUGUAGACAGUGUCCCAACGAGCCAUCAGGUCUCUUCUCGAUCGAAACAUCCAGGAACGGUAGCUUGCCAUCCUUUUCCACUUCCAUGGUGAAUUUGAUGGAUGGGUGUAUGGAAUUGAUGUGGUCGAGAAAUUGGUUCAGUGCUGGCAGGCCACGUGGCCAGAUGACGAACGUGUCUUCCACGUAUCUCUUCCACAAGGAUGGGGCAUAGGUGUUGAUGUCUGGAUGGCAUCUGUCUCAAAUUUCUCCAUGAAAACAUUCGCUACCUCUGGCGAUAAGGGAGAACCCAUUGGGGUACCCGCAUUUUGUUUGUAGAAUGUACCAUUCCAGGUGAAGUAAGUGUUGGUAAGGCAGUGCCUUACCAAAGUUGGUACAUCUAGAUUCAGUCCCUGUUGGAAGAAGUAUUGAAUGAUUGCAAUGGUGUCAGGUACAGGUACCAUGGUGAACAGGGAGACUACAUCGAAACUGACAAGUAAAUAAUCUGGAGACAAUGAGAUGUCCUUGAUUAGAGAAACUAAGUGAGCUGAGUUAAAUACAGCUGAGGGGGUCUUGCCCAUGAAAAAAACGUUUCUAGUUUUUAGUUAAUAGUUUUCAGUGUUCAAGGCCCACACAGUGUGAUUUGCCCCAGGUCCCACAUCCUGCUUUGGACGGUGUUGCUUUCACAGCACACUUGCCCCGACAGUCUAUUAAAGUCCAUAAUCAACGUUUUUGGGUUUAGAUCGCGUUAUUUAUAAAUGUGUCGUAACCCUCCACCACCCGACACGGCCAAUCAGUAAAAAAGUGUCACGUUGACAAAAGACAAUUAGUUCACUGCUUUAGCCCACCGGUGUGUUGAAGCGUGAAACCACAACAAUUUACAAUGUGAGUACUGUUAGACAGUCUAUUAAAGGCUACACGGGGGGGGGAUCUUUGUCUUUGUACCCACCGAGAUGGCCGCUGGAGGGAAAACGUUGCUCUGGGAUUGGCUAAGCAGCCUCGCGGACAGCGGCAGCUACGGCCUGAGCUGGGGAGACGCGGAGCGGACCAGCGUGCGGAUCCCGUGGCACCCCACGUCGGCGAUCCCGGACGGAGACUCCAUCUUCAAGGGCUACGCGGUGCUGCGCUGCCGCGACGGCUUGACGUCGCCCAGCACAUGGAGGCAGUCCCUGCGCUGCGCCCUGCGCAGCACUCUGCACUGCAUCUGCAACGGGGCCGACCUCAACCCGCCACAGCCAUUCCGCAUCUACGCGCGGCUCGAACGGCACCCACGUGAGUCCCCAGCCCCGAUUUUCCCAGCCCCUCCGGACCCCGACGACGUCGCCGUGACGGUGCCGAUGAAGACCGCCGAGGGUCACAAGCUGGAGCAAGCCCCGACUUUCCUGGCCUCUCCGAGCCCUGAAAAUGUGGCCAUGGAUAAAGCCAGCGCCCUGCGGCUGACGGUCACUUACCGGGGCCUCCUGGCGCUCAGCCAAACCGUGGGCCCUGGGUCGAUGGCCUGCGACUCCACCUACGGCUGCCUCCUCUUCCACGGCGCCUUGGACCGGGGGGAGGUGAACAGAAACUUCCUGUCUUCGAAGGAGCCCCAACUGUUUCCCGUGAUGCUGCCUCGGCCACCGCAAGGUGACUCCAUGAGUGGCAGCGACCGCAGACAGGUGCAGGAGAGGCUGGAGCUCAUGGAGAACGGGCUGCUGCUGGAGGUAACUCCGCUGGGGAUUUUCUGCACCCGUCUCUGCCGUUGCCGUGUCUACGUUUCUGGACCCGAGACCCAGAAGCCGCAGGGAGACCCCCAAUCCCUGCCCAGGCCCAAGAGCUCUGGGAGCGCCCGGCAACUCAUCUUUGACUUCAAAGAAUUCCAACGAAAGAUGCAGGACUACAUCAGGACCCCCCUGGACAGCCUCGUGCACGCCCCCAGUCACGAGGUGACGCUCUGCAUCGGCACAAAGUGGCCAGACGGCGAGGAAGUUCACAGGAAGCCCAUCGCCGUGCGGGUGGAGCACUUGAGGUCGCACGCCAUCGUCGACGGAUUCAAGCACUUGGGCGUCUGCCCGCGAGACGCUCGCCCCGACUGCUCGGACCCCAACUCUGCCGACAGAUUCCUGGAUUUGCUCAAGAAACUCGAGCUGGGGAGCAGUGCCUAUGACCAGCAGCAGCAGCAGUAGCCCCAGCAGUAGCCAUAGCAUCAUUAGCCCCAGCAGCAGCACCAGCAGUAGUAGCAGCAGUAGCACCAGUAGCAGCAGCAAGAAAGUAAUAAUUAUUUCCAGGGUGACAGCUGCAUUGGUGAUGCUAGCAACUCACAGCAAGAUGGUCUCUGGGUUCGAUUCUCGACUCUGCGUGGAGUUUGUAUGAUCUCCCCCUGUUCUACAGAGUGAGUGGAGUUUGUAUUGUCUCGCCCUGUUCUACAGAGUGAGUGAGUGGAGUUUGUAUUAUCUCCCCCUGUUCUACAGAAUGAGUGGAGUUUGUAUGAUCUCCCCCUGUUCUACAGAGUGAGUGAGUGGAGUUUGUAUGACCUCCCCCUGUUCUACAGAGUGAAUGGGUGGAGUUUGUAUGACCUCCCCCUGUUCUACAGAGUGAGUGAGUGGAGUUUGUAUUAUCUCCCCUUGUUCUACAGAGUGAGUGGAGUUUGUAUGAUCUCCCCGUUCUACAGAGUGAGAGUGAGUGGAGUUUUUGUGAUCUCCCCCUGUUCUACAGAGUGGAGUUUGUAUUAUCUCCCCCUGUUCUACAGAGUGAGUGAGUGGCGUUUGCGUGAUCUCCCCCUGUUCUACAGAGUGAGUGGAGUUUGUAUGAUCUCCCCCUGUCCUACAGAGUGAGAGUGAGUGGAGUUUGUGUGAUCUCCCCCUGUUCUACAGAGUGAGUGUAGUUUGUAUUAUCUCCCCCUGUUCUACAGAGUGAGUGGAGUUUGUAUGAUCUCCCCCUGUUCUACAGAGUGAGUGAGUGGAGUCUGUAUGAUCUCCCCCUGUUCUACAGAGUGGGUGAGUGGAGUUUGUAUUAUCUCCCCCUGUUCUGCAGAGUGAGUGAGUGAGUGGAGUUUGUAUUAUCUCCCCCUGUUCUACAGAGUGAGUGGGUGGAGUUUGUAUGAUCUCCCCCUGUUCUACAGAGUGAGUGGAGUUUGUAUGACCUCCCCCUGUUCUACAGAGUCAGUGAGUGGAGUUUGUAUUAUUUCCCCCUGUUCUACAGAGUGAGUGGAGUUUAUAUUAUCUCCCCCUGUUCUACAGAGUGAGUGGAGUUUGUAUGAUCUCCCCCUGUCCUACAGAGUGAUAGUGAGUGGAGUUUGUAUGAUCUCCCCUUGUCCUACAGAGUGAGUGGAGUUUGUGUGAUCUCCCCCUGUUCUACAGAGUGAGUGAGUGGAGUUUGUUUUAUCUCCCCCUGUUCUAAAGAGUGAGUGGGUGGAGUUUGUAUGAUCUCCCCCUGUUCUACAGAGUGAGUGAAGUUUGUAUGAUUUACCCCUGUGCUACAGAGUGGAGUUUGUAUGAUCUCCCCCUGUUCUACAGAGUGAGUGAGUGGAGUUUGUAUUAUCUCCCCCUGUUCUACAGAUUGAGUGAGUGGAGUUUGUUUUAUCUCCCCCUGUUCUAAAGAGUGAGUGGGUGGAGUUUGUAUGAUCUCCCCCUGUUCUACAGAGUGAGUGAAGUUUGUAUGAUUUACCCCUGUGCUACAGAGUGGAGUUUGUAUGAUCUCCCCCUGUUCUACAGAGUAAAUGAUUGCGUGGAGUUCCUACACUUUGACAUUAGAGAAUGAGACUCUACACUGGGACAUGACAUCACGAGUCUCUACACUGGAACAUGACAGCAUUAGUCUCUACACUCUACACUGUGACAUGGCAUCAUGAGUCUCUACACUGUGACAUGGUAUCAUGAGUCCCUGUUGCCGUUUUCUAAGUAAAAUGUAAAACGUGUUAAUGAUAUCGUGUUUAUGGUAUCGUGUUUACACUAUUAUUAAAUUGUAUUUAUAGUAACACCCCAAUUUACGCCCUUCCGCUGUUCGUGAUUUACCUCUAACGCACUCGACUUGCCGGUACCAAAUCGCGUUUCACGUCCCCAGCCACCUCGCCAUAACACACUCGAGAUUUGCGAACUUUACCAUCGAGACCCAACUUUGUGUAGUGACGCAGUUCGGAGACAGGAAUUAUUGGAGGCACCUUUAUUCUUUGCACAAUGGGGACUAUACGCACCCUACGUGGGUGUACACUUUAUAUAUUACACACACAACCGUCGAUUGUCGGCGACACUAUCGAGCUGUGACGGAGGCUUGUGUUGCGCCCGAAACGUCGUGAUUACAUUUUUUUUUGUAUACCUACGUGACUUUACCGAAAUAACCAAAGAGUUUGUGAUUUUAUUAGUUUACACUUGAACUUUAUGGCGGGAACCCGGGGUCCCAUAAGCCCCCGGCUCUCGCCUAAACUGCGUUGCUACGUCAUUCUAUGUCUGUUGAAGGCGAACAAUACGGCAAUCUAUUCCUCUCGACUCGCUCUACAGUCUACACGAUGUCCUAAUCAAAGUUUCAAAGUUUUGUUUCUUCUACGCAUUCGACCUCGCUGCGCUUGCAUGACAUAACAGAAUGAUCCGCGCCAGGUGGGUCGCGGCGUGUCUGUGCACGGUGGGAUGGGGUCACCAAAAAUAUAUCAAUUACGAUUUUUACUUCUGUUUAUACAGGUAGGAACAACAGGUCCACACUGCCCACCAGGGAUUAUGUGUCUGUCUGUCGUGCAAAGCCACGCCCUCGAUUUGUAUUUCAUAGAAGAGCGCUUCGGGCAGGCUCAGCGCCACGUGACGCGCCGCCCCACGCAGCUUGCGCCGCGUGACACGGAUCGCACGAAUGCGCCGUCCAACCAAGUUCCUACCUGCCCACUCCGAAGGAACGUGUUUGAACUCAGUCUGUUGUGUUUAGGGUCCCCGGGGUCCCGCCAUAAGGUUCACUUGACCAAGGGCAAAAACAAAUGGCGCGUUUUCGUCCGAAAGUUUCGUGUGUUGUAUCUGUGUACUUUGUUGAAACGUAAACCCAACAGUUUGUCAGUUAAAAGCGUUGUAAGGAUAGGCACGCGCAGAUAGACAGACAAAAAUGACGUUUAUAGGUAAGAUAUACAACAAUCCCUCGCCAAACGUGGAGGUUAGGUUCCUGUAAAAUGUCACGGGAGGCAAAUCCGCGGUUGUUGAAGUACACUAGUACAGGGCCCUAAGGGAAAUACGGGGUUAGGGGAGCCACGGCCGCGGUCAGACUCGCCAUAGCUUAACCAAGUUGCCUGUUUAUUAACUAAACGCCGAAUAAACUCCAGUACAUUACACAAUAAGGUAAUAAUACAUAUAAACUGUUGCAUUAACUUCAUGUACCUUUAAUGUUAAUGAUGGUGAUGACAAUGAGAUGAUGGGGGAACGGCUGGCUAUAAGGAGCCAGAGACACACCGCACUCACCUUCACCACUCACUUACCACGCUCUCGGCUCUACAAUUGAGAGGACAAAAUGAACGUGAAUGCGCUUGCGACAGAGGUCGCAAACGGGUUUUGAUUCCUUACCUGUACCCGGCUGCACCAGGGUCGCAAACGGGUACCCGUACCCAUACCCGGCCGGGUAUGGGUACCCGUACGCUACCCAUACCCUACCCGAAAUGAGUGACAAACGGUGACUCACCAGUGACUCACGGCCUACCCGUACCCGGCCGCACCAGGGUCGCAAACGGAUAGCCGGGUAUCGGGUAGGGUAUCGGGUACCCGGUUGCGACCUCUGGCUUACGACGCGACGUGGUCUAACGCGCUGCGAGAAUUCGAGUAGCAGUUCACGGUACAACGAGAACUGAUGGUGGCAGCUGAUCAGCUUCGCAGCGGCCACGGGGUGGCGCUGUGGCGCGGAAGGAGACCCACGGCUCCGCGAAAUUAGUGGCAAUGACGUCACGCAAAACAAUGACGUCAUGUCGCAACGCAAUGACAUGGUAAACGCGUCAUGUGGCUUCCUUGACACCGCGUGCUUGCUUACCCAUGGAUACUCAAAUUUCCCAACCGCGAUUGGUUAAUGGGUCCCCAUUGGAACCUCAUUUGCCAGUAAAAAAUAUGAUAAUUGUUUUUUUUACCCUUUUGUCUGGCAACAAAACGGACACCUUUUUUACAAGGAGUCAUGUUUACAUAGACCACAAUACCUGCAGUCAUAAUGCAAACCAAAAAACAUAACUCUGAUAAUGAUAUGC